GCAGCAGCAGCGGCGCCGCCCGCGGUUCCCGCCGGGGCCCGGGCGCCGGCCCCGCUCUGCAGGAUGGGCACGGUGCUGUCGCUUUCCCCUGCCUCCUCGGCCAAGGGCCGGAGGCCCGGCGGGUUGCCGGAGGAGAAAAAGAAGGCGCCGCCCGCGGGGGACGAGGCGCUGGGGGGCUACGGGGCGCCGCCAGUGGGCAAGGGCGGCAAAGGCGAGAGUCGGCUCAAGCGUCCGUCCGUGCUCAUCUCGGCGCUCACCUGGAAGCGCCUGGUGGCCGCAUCUGCCAAGAAGAAGAAAGGCAGCAAGAAGGUGACGCCCAAGCCAGCGUCCACCGGUCCUGACCCUCUAGUCCAACAACGCAACCGCGAGAACCUUCUCCGCAAGGGCCGGGACCCCCCCGACGGCGGUGGCGCCACCAAGCCCCUGGCUGUGCCAGUGCCCACAGUGCCCGCGGCUGCUGCCACCUGCGAGCCACCGUCGGGGGGCAGCGCUGCAGCCCCGCCGCCAGGCUCGGGUGGAGGAAAGCCGCCGCCGCCACCACCCCCAGCCCCGCAGGCGGCGCCGCCGGUGCCUGGUGGCUCGCCGCGGAGGGUCAUCGUGCAGGCGUCCACAGGCGAGCUGCUCCGCUGCCUGGGCGAUUUCGUGUGCCGACGCUGCUAUCGCCUCAAGGAGCUGAGCCCUGGCGAGCUGGUGGGCUGGUUCCGCGGCGUGGACCGCUCGCUGCUGCUGCAGGGCUGGCAAGACCAGGCCUUCAUUACGCCCGCCAACCUGGUGUUCGUGUACCUGCUGUGCCGCGAGUCGCUGCGAGGGGACGAGCUGGCGUCGGCCGCCGAGCUGCAGGCCGCCUUCCUCACCUGCCUCUACCUCGCCUACUCCUACAUGGGCAACGAGAUUUCCUACCCACUCAAGCCCUUCCUCGUGGAGCCUGACAAGGAGCGCUUCUGGCAGCGUUGCCUGCGCCUCAUCCAGCGGCUCAGCCCGCAGAUGCUGCGGCUCAACGCCGACCCCCACUUCUUCACGCAAGUCUUUCAAGACCUCAAGAACGAGGGCGAGGCUGCCGCCGGCGCCGGGGGUCCACCGAGCGGGAGCGCGCCCGCAGCUUCUUCGGCCGCCAGGGACAGCUGCGCGGCCGGAGCCAAGCACUGGACUAUGAACUUGGACCGCUAGGGAUACC